UUCAGCAGUAGCUGUUUGUACAGUGUUGAAUUCCCAAUGAACUCUGUGAUUCUCCUGCUAAAUAUCUGCAUUUUUCUGCAUAAUGAAUGUGAGAACUAAGAAUACAGCAUUUUUGGAAGUUUCCUUUAUUCAGUGGCGAGUUAUAUGUCCUUUGUCUACAUCUACUUCGAUAGACUGGAUUUCUACUGCAAAGUUUCAGUCAAAUGGCAGCACACACAGAGGGACCUCCAUCUCACAUCCAGUAAAUGAACUACACAAAAAGUGACAGAGAUCUCCAAAACUUGUUUGGAAAAAUCAUAGAGUCCAAAAGAGAGAUUUACAGGACCAUGCCUGAAGAGACUACACCCUUCCUGAAUGAAUUUGAGACUACAUCUCAGCCCAGUAUAAUUCAUUCUGACAUUGCACGUUACACAAUGAUUACAAUAUAUACAGUAGUAUUUAUUGGAGGUACAAUUGGAGCCAUCGCAAUGUCAUUUUUGUUGGUUAAAAUGAACACUCUGUCAGUGACCACGGCGGCGAUCGUCAACCUCGUGGUGUUGCACAGCCUGUUUCUCCUGACUGUGCCAUUUAGGCUUUAUUAUUAUUAUAUCAAUCAGAAGUGGAUUUUUGGAUUUGCCUUUUGUAAAGCAGUGAGUGCUAUGAUGCACAUCCACAUGUACCUCACUCUUCUAUUCUACAUAAUCACGCUCAUUAUCCGGUGGCUCAUUUUCUUUCAAUGGAAGGACAAGGUGGAGUUCUACAGGAAGCUGCACGCUGUGGCUGCUAGUGCUACAGUGUGGAUAGUGGCCAUUGUGUUUGUGCUGCCUGUAUUCAUUGCUCGGUAUGGAAAGUCUGGGGAGUAUGGAAAUACCACAUGUUUUACAUUCCAACAAGAACUCAAGAAUCCCAAUGUGAAAGCACUGAACUAUGUCAUAAUUGCCGUUGUAACUGCCAUCACAUGUGUCUUCUUGGGGUUGCAAGUCUUCAUCAUUCUAAAGGUGGUGAAAAAGCUUCCAGGUUCUGUCUGGUCACAUCAAGAAUUCUGGGCCCAGAUUAAAAGCUUGAUGUUCAUAUCUGUGAUAAUCAUUUGUUUCCUCCCAUAUCAUCUCUUUAGGAUCUAUUACAUACAGCACAUAGAAGAAAAACAAUUAGCAACUUACAACGAUAUCUGUCUGAGUAUAACUGCCAUCAGCUGUCUUGAUUUGCUGUCAUUUGUUAUAAGUGGAAACCGUUUCUUUAAGCAAAAGAUAAUUAUGCUUCGAGACAAGCUUGCAUGUUGUUAGGUUCGUUCAUUUUUAGAGACCAUCUUCCACACUACAGUGUUUAGGUGGGAGGAAAACAUAUGGCUUUGUCGGUAUUUUUUUUAAAUGAUAAUUUAUGGAGACAAGUAAAAAAGCAUUAUAAAUUAUGUGUAUCUAUUUAUUUUAUAUGCCUUAAACACAGUACCAGCAAAAUAACAUAGAUUCUUUGAGUAGGUGAAAUACUUACCAGUGUUCACAGUGCCAGCCUAGCAGACUGGUAGUAACUGUGCUGUAUCACAAUGGAGACAAAGGAUCCAAUCCCCUGCUGCAGAGGGAAAAGAAGCAAUAGCCCAAGAUGAUUUGUAAAGAAUGUGGAGAGAGAAAAAUAAAGCACAAAGUCAAUGAAUAGUGGCUUAUGUAAUAAAAUAUAUAGACAUUUGAAGUUCCUAGAUCUGUAUGUGUAAUGUUUAUAGGUUAUUUAUUAACAACAAUCUGUGAUAGAAUGUGGUGGUUCAACAGGUCUUCGUUGAGGAAUUUUGGGCUUACACUGCAAUAUGGCUUUCUAGUUCAAUUGAUCAACUGAUACAACUCCUAAAAAGCAAGCAGUAAAUGUAUCUCUUAAAUUUUUUUCCACUGAACUCACUCUUUUGAAAAUGGCUUUAUCGUGGAGGGAAAGGUCUGAUUUAUCUCUUUCCUGUGCUGUAAAAAUGUCUCCAUAAAUAAUUACGUAUCAGUGGGCACUAUAUUCAGCAUUGGCAGUUCAAAUCAAAAGCCAGUGUUUAUUCUCUUUCUUCACAGAGUUGUCCAGUUUUUUCAAGAGCUCCUUUAGUUAACGCUACAGAUAAUUUAACUUAGAAUAUUAUUCAGACAGCAGUUGUAUUGUUUCUCCAGGUCAUUUAUUUUAGUCUCCAAGGUACCAAUAAUUUCCUUUUCUAUAAUACUUUUGCCUAUUUUUGAAGGC